UGAUGAUGAUGAUCCGCAUCAGUCCGCCGACUUCUCUUUCUUCGUUGGAUUCGCGUUCAUCCGUCGAGCUUCCAUUGUGUGCCGUGUAAUUAAUCGUGCGUUUUCUCUCUUUCCUCAGCUAGUGGGAUUACCUGUUUUUCUCUUCACCCCACUAUCACGCACUACACCGUUAUGGGCAAACAUCGUGGCAAACAUCGUAGGACUGCUACCACUGAUCCUAUGCUAAACGUCGGAAAAGACGAUUUUGCGAUUGAACCCGUCCCUGAUUUGAGAGCAAUGUUGAAUCGGCUCAGGCGCCAGCGCAAGCGUUUCUUCAAGCGAUAUGGGAAGAUCCAGUUUGCUACCAUGUGCGAAGAGAUAACAAGUGGUCUCUCUGCACUUAAUCCUUUUCCCGCUUCUCUUCCGUCAUCGGUUCCGCAGGUUUUUCCUGAUGACUCUAUUCGUCACUCGUUGUGUUUAUUUGUCAAUAGCUAUUUGGACGCCUUCGACGCGGGACCGCCACGAAAAGGAAUUCAUGAGUUUUACAGUUCUGACGCUUAUCUCACCUUUCAAAUUGCACCCUAUCUCCUUGAGGAUGUGUGGCGCACCAGUUGCGACAAGAAAGCCGGUCUAGAAGCGCCUCAUGGGUGGCGUACUUACGAACGGUUUGCUUCGAACUUGAUUCCGGGAGCCUUAGCAUUACCUGCAUGGGCCUGGGCCAGUCUCAGCUCGGUUGUUACUUCCUUACCGAAGGCCCGUAGACCAGUGCUACAUCUUUCGAAGCAAGAAAAACAGCGCUUAAAGGUGCUUCGAGCUUUUCAAUGUGGACAUGCAAAACGAUUGGAGAGUGUAAAAAGCUUUGCUUCCUCAGCGUCCGACCGCGGUCUCCAAGGUGUUCCUCCCCCACCGCUUUCCCGCAGUGAAGCACGUGGCAGAACUCUUGCUGUUGGUUUACUUUCUCGUCUCCCGGAUCUCAUCCACAUAAGGGUGGAUGAAUGUUCCUAUUUGGAUGUUAUCUCCUCCGAGCCCACGGGUAUCCUGUUCCGAUACUCCUGUCUUGCUGCUGAGGUUCUUCCGCCUUCUUCAAAGAACGUCGAACCGGAGCAACAACAACAUGACACACUACAGGUUGGUACCUUCGGGACUGUGCGUGUACGCCGUAUUCAUCGAACUCUAUCAGUCGUACCACCUUCUCCCGGUCGAAUUGUUCAGGAAGAUUUGUGUAUCACUCCAGUUGCUCAAUCCUUGGUCCAAACGCAUUCAGCCGUCAUCAUACAGACUGUUUCGGAUCGAAUCGUUCAGCGCACUCGUGUAGCUGACCGCCAUUCUGUUGACCUCGAAUCUCCCCAGUUUGCUGAUGUUCUACAACUCUCCUCGCUCACUGGAAUGAACACGCGUUUUUCGCUGCAAUGCUUGUCCGAAUGUAAAUUUGAUUUGGAACGUGCCUUGCAAGCAUUUCGGAACGCUUUCGAUGCAGGCUUACUCCCACCGGAAGCAUUCGUCAACUUGUCAAAUUAGCAAACCCUUAUCUACCUAUGUCUACCUUCUUUGUGUGUUUGCUAGAAUUUGCGAAAAGUGCUUAUACCACACUCAAUCGCUGAUGUUUUUAACAUCCUUGGGGGUUGCUGUCACAGCACACUCAUCGAAGCUUCAUACUACAUUUAUCUGGCUGGAUUGCUGCAUAUUGCCGUUUCUGUUUAUUUGAACUUCUUAGAGACGUUGCCUCGCGAUAGUCGGCGCCUUUAGUCUUAUGCUCUGCAACCAAAAAUCUAUGGGAAUCCGUGUAUAUCGACUGGCUUGUUAAUCCGUCCUUUACAGGAACAGUACAUGAGUACUUAACAGCUAGGUGAGAAAGCUGGGUGCCAACGCGCGCGUAUUCGCCGCAAAUCGUGCUUGGGACAGACCCCGUGAGUGUGUUACCAGGGCCCAGCCGAAAGCUGAUGAAAUCGCACAUCAGACAGCAUGCUUGUUGCCAAGGUCUGCCCGGAAGCUGAUGACAUCGCGCGUCAGACAUCACGUGCCUUGCCAUGCCCCGGGUAGGCGGUUGAAGACUGGCGUGCCCGAGCAAGACGGCGAACUGGCCAGCCGGUGUAGGCAAUCAAGUGUGGAGCGUGGGCUUACAGCCAAAUCCGCCAGGCGAUAUUUAGAGGAUUGGUGAGACCGACAUAUACAUAUGAGCGUUC